AGCGGCCGGGCAGUGAGUGGGGUCGGGGCCGGGACGCGUGCCGGGACCGGGACCGGGACCGCCCUCUUCUCAAUGGGUCCCGGAGCCGAGCCCCGACGGCGCGGCGGAUCGGGGAGAGCUGGGUCCCGUUCUACCGCUGUUUUCCAACCUCGCCGCGUUAGAGCGGGGUCAGGGGCUGCGCUGUAUCCUCUGUGGGCAGUGCCAUGGAUCCCGCGGCCUGGAGUUGGUUGGGGGACAGCCCUGUCCAAAGCUACCGGACCACGCUGCUCCGGGGGCUCAAGCUGGAACGGCUGCUGGUUCCCUUUCAGCCCAGAGUCAGCAGGUGAACUGACAUCACUGACCUCAAGGGACACGGUGUCACUUUGCCAACAGUGCCCAGCGUCAGUGGGGACCUGGGGGUCUCUCAUCUCCCCAUUUGUUACCAUCAGCAGAUAACUAUCUGCAUUUGAGGUCAUCCUCAUCCAGAGUGGACCUGGGGGAUCCAUCCCCAUCAUUCCCAUCAGUGUCUUGGGAAGGAGAAGGGCUGAGGAGGAGGAGGGCUGGAGGGGACUCAGGGGCGAUGCUCUCCCAGGGUACAUAAGUGGAGGAAACCACAGAGUAUCCCAUGAUUUCUUGCAGUCAGAAUUGCUGGAGGCAGUUUAGGAGCAGUGCAGGUCCCUGUGAGGUGCCUGGGGUCUGCACGGUGGUGCUCAGCCUAAUAGAGUCCAAGCCCUGCAAAUAGAGAUUCAGUUGGGAUAACACCAGUGAUGACGUGUGACCCAAAAGCACAGCCCACCUCUGUCUCACAUCAGAGAGGAUGUCACCCACCUACAGUGGGAAGGAGCCCGGCCCAACUGGGACAGCUGCUCAUGGAGAGCCCUGUUGUGGUACCAAGAGCUGCUGGGAGCCCAACCAGGCAUGCUGCCAGCUCCCCCACGCCUUCCCUUGGCCGUGUGGCAAUAGGGCCUGGCAGGCUCCAGGCUGUCACAUCAGGCUCACUCUGGUUAUUGGAGCUGCAGAUAACCUGUGCCUGGGUUGGGCUUGGGUUCUGCUCCCCAGCUCUCCUGGCAGCCACCAGCCCAGCCCUACAAGGGGCUGGAAUAGGGCUUUCUCUCUUUGUGCCCCACACCCAGUCCAGGGCUGGCCUGGAACCCUAUGAGGGGCUGAGGGCUGCUUCCUGAUGGCCCCAUCACAGCCUGCAUGGAGCUGAGCAUUUCUCUGGGUACCCAUCAGCAAAGCGUGGCUCUGCUCUACUGAGCACUGAGGAAUAGCAAAGUAGGGUUAUUUUUAGAGAAGCAAAAGUCCUUUGGUAUAAAUAGCAGCAGCUCCAGACAGCGAUAAACUGAGAUGGAUUUGCAGGCAUUUUCUCAACCUUUCCCCACAGCUGCCUGUUAAUGGCUUUGCUGUGCUGGGACAUGCUGGACCACAGCACGUGUGCUGGUGGCUGGGCUGAACAUCCCCCCUCGGUAUCAUCCUGUAGCACUCAGCACUGAGCUCUGCACAGCACUCAGCUUGUCCUCGUGCCAUAUCCAGCCCCAUCCUCUCCCAACAGCAUCACAGUGGCCCAAUGGAUGCCUCAGCCUGCAGUGGGUGGGUGAGAUCUUGCAGAAGACCCUACCCAGAGGCUGUGCUGUGAGCCACCCAGAGCCUCUGUAGGACUCCCCACAUACAACAGGGAUGGGGUCAGGCUGAAGGCUGGUGCAGAGGAAGAGAGGGAGGAAGAAUCCAGAGAGUUCCUGGCACUGCUCUGGGUGUUUCCAUGCUAAAAUCCACCUGGUCUGACCACAUGCCUUUCCCAUUAGCGGCUCUGACCGAGAUCCACGGGCUGGGUACACGCAUCUUUAGUCGAGUCCUUGCUGUGGGGCCAAGCCCAGGGCUGCUGCAUCCUGCAAUCCCCACCCAGGUCCCCAUAUCCACGCUGGUCCCAACCAGGCAAGCAGCACUAGUGAGCACGGGCAGCACCCCCAGCAAUGGGAUGAGUGGUCUAGGAGCUGGGCUGGAUCCCUGGGGCUUCACAGCGUGUGUUGGGCAGAGGAUCAGCUGCUGAUUCAGGGAGAACAACCAUGAAGUGAGCAGGGGGCAAAGGCUGACAGUUGGUUCCAGGCACGCGGAGCUGCAGCUUGGCCUUAUUCCAGCAGAGCUCUGCUCCCAGGGGCAGCUGGGCACAAGGGAGGAUGGGAAUAAAGGGCAAACCCUCCUGGAAGAUAGGGUUCUCCUCUAACAUGCAAUCCUUGCUCCCCACCAUCCCUCCAUUGGGACAGCAUCCAUCCAUCCAUCCAUCCAUCCAGCUGUCCAUCUGCCCGGCUCCUGCACCGGGUGAGGUUCCACGGUGGCACUUUGUGGGCUCGAUGGUGCUGUCCCUCCAUGGUGACACUUUGUGGGCAGCGGGGGAAGGGUCCUUCCAGGAGGUGGCCCAUCUCACAGCAGCACUUCCCCGCCCCGCAGGCAUCGUCGAGAUCCGGUCUGUGCGCGUCGGCGUUGUGGCCAUCCGGGCGGUGCACACCGGCUUCUACCUGGCCAUGAACAAACAGGGGAAGCUCUACGGGUCGGGGACGGCACCCGCGGAGCCCUCACCCUGCUCACCCCCUUCCCUCCUCUGCCAGAAGGAGUUCAGCCCCAACUGCAAGUUCACGGAACGCAUUGAGGAGAAUGGCUACAACACCUACGCCUCGCUGCGCUGGCGGCACCGGGGCCGCCCCAUGUUCCUCUCUCUCAAUAGCAAAGGGAGGCCACGGCGAGGGGGCAAGACGCGCCGGCAGCACCUCUCCACCCACUUCCUCCCCAUGCUCGUCAACUGAGCCCUGCAGUGUGGCUCCUGGACACUCCGUAGGAAAAGAAAAAAUGGGGAGAAAAAGAAAAAAAAAAAAAGGCUAUUUUA